AUGGAUAUGGCAGAGCCUUCUAAAGUCAUUCACGUCCGCAAUGUGGGGCAUGAAAUCUCCGAGAGUGAUUUGCUUCAGCUAUUCCAGCCAUUUGGAGUCAUUACCAAGCUUGUAAUGCUUCGUGCAAAAAAUCAGGCCCUUCUCCAAAUGCAGGAUGUGAAUUCGGCGAUUAAUGCAUUGCAGUUCUACACAAAUGUGCAGCCUAGCGUAAGGGGUAGGAAUGUAUAUGUUCAAUUUUCUUCGCAUCAAGAACUAACAACUAUGGAUCAGAAUUCUCAAGCACGAGUUGAUGCGCCUAAUCGAAUUCUCUUAGUUACAAUACAUCACAUGCUCUACCCUAUAACUGUGGAAGUGCUGCAUCAAGUGUUUUCUCCUCAUGGAUUGGUGGAGAAGAUCGUCACGUUUCAGAAGUCAGCUGGCUUUCAAGCUCUUAUCCAGUAUCAAUUACGCCAGAGUGCUGUUGCUGCUAGGAACUCGCUUCAGGGGCGUAAUAUCUAUGACGGUUGCUGUCAGCUGGACGUUCAGUUUUCAAACCUUGAUGAAUUGCAAGUGAACUACAAUAAUGAGAGGUCAAGGGAUUUCACAAACCCGUCUCUGCCUUCAGAACAGAAGGGCAGAUCCUCACAACCCUAUGGAGAUGUGUAUGCCCUUCAAGCUUCUGGAGCCAGAGCAGUUGGAUUUCAACAGGUGGGUAUGGCUUGGGUCAUGUUGUCUGCCAUUAAUUGUAAUGAGCAUGCACCACAAUUGCCUGAUUGGUACCAUUCUGAAUAUCCUAUCUCUUGGUUUCCUGAUCUUCAAUUAACCCUUUUUUUUAAUGUUAAUCACGAGUUCUAUGGUUAUGGUUGCAAUCCUAUUAAAAGCUUAACCAAAUCAUUUCCCAACAGCCUUGUGCCUGCUGGACCAUCAGUUAAGUUCUUAACGAUUGGUAUCAAAGCAAGCACCACUUCGCAAAUGGGCAAUGCUGCUGCCAUCGCAGCUGCCUUUGGAGGAGGUUUGCCUCCUGGAAUUAGCGGGACAAAUGAUAGGUGCACUGUUCUUGUUUCUAAUCUAGAUCCUGAGUUUUUACAAGCUUUGAGUUCUAUGGAAAGCUGGAGCUUAUUCUUUAAUCUCAAAGUUUGGGUUCUCUUUCCCAUCCUUCAUUGUGGAAACUCUUCUUGUUCUCAGAGAAUAGAUGAAGACAAGCUUUUUAACCUGUUCUCCAUCUACGGAAACAUUGUGAGAAUCAAACUUCUCCGCAAUAAACCAGAUCAUGCACUAGUUCAGAUGGGUGAUGGAUUCCAGGCUGAAUUGGCAGUGCACUUUUUGAAGGUGUGAUCCCUACAAUCAUCUUAUGAUUACGUUUGUUUGAGUUUAGAAUUGUUGCUGAGAUGUUUGAUUUUGUGGGAUAUUACUGCCGGUGUAUCGUUGAGAAGUGUUGGCAAAUGAGUAUAGAACUGAGUUUCCAAAAAUUUAUCCAGAUUAAACUGCCUUAUGCUACUCUGAAAUCACUUACAUAAAUGUCUUCUCAACCGGUCAACCUUCCUAUUUCCUUACUCUCUUUUGAAUUUAUAGCACAUUUUGCAUUCUUACUCGCUGGUUGUUGGUUAUGUUGCAUGACUAAGGUUUUGGGCUUUUAAUGAUUUCUUGCUUGUAUUGUUGAAUGUUACUAUCAUCUGAUAAAGAUGUCGUCUGUUGUUUUGUACUGUCAGUCCCAACUGUUUAUUCACAUUUUUCCAAUAUUGAAAAUCAUGACCGAUGAUUAUUAUUCCAAAAAAGUAAUUGAAUAAAUACCAUGACCCAUUUUAGUUUUGUGUGAACCCAUUGGAAGCAUUGGAUGGAUGUUAAUCUAUGUAAUAAGAUAGAAGGGUUUUUACCAUAAAGCACAACAAUAAGACAGUUUUUGUAGAUUCGACGGUUUAUCUUACAACUUACAUUUUAACUUUUUAAUCACAGUAGAUCUAUCUAUUUAUAUUUAAACUUUUAGCCACAGUGAACAUGUUAACCAUAGUAAAUAUUUGGGUAAAUUUCACCCACACCCCCUGUCAUUAGGUUUUAUUAUAUGGACACUCCCUCACUUUUUUAAAAAUGACACUAAGAGUCCUUGACAUUUUCAAACUUGUAACGGUCACACCCGCUUAAUAGAUGUUAGGAAGAUUAAUAGUCAAAGUUGGUCUUAUGAAAAAAGCAAUUAAAAUGCCAAAAAUACCCUUCAGUAGUAAACUUAUAAUAGAUAAAAAAAAUUCACCCUCAUUUUAUUUUUUAAUUAUUCCAUUUAUCCACAACUUAUAAUCUGGACA